AUGCAGAGCGCGACCCCCGCCGCCCCGCCUGCUCUGCACCUCCUCACCUCCUAUUUCAUCGACAGCAUCCUGAGCCGGGGCCCCGCGGCGGGGCGGCACGGCGAGCAGCGAGCGGCGCCGCCGCGUCCCGGCCGGGCUCGGGGCCCCGAGGAGCCGCCGCCGGCGGGGACCGAGACACCGGGGCCGCUCAAGAGGAAACAGCGGCGCUACCGCACCACCUUCAGCACCUUCCAGCUGGAGGAGCUGGAGCGCGCCUUCCGCAAGUCCCACUACCCCGAUGUGUUCACCAGAGAGGAGCUGGCCGUGCGCCUUGACCUGACCGAAGCCCGCGUGCAGGUCUGGUUCCAAAACAGAAGGGCAAAGUGGAGGAAACGUGAAAAAAAUGAAAUUCUGGGGACUGUUCCAGGAAUCUCCUUAACGCACCCACUUGGCCUAUUUUUGGAUGUUCCACUGAGUCAUUCUCCCCUCCUAGAUCAUACGUGGAGGUCAAUGCCUCUUUCAACAUUGGCUGUGCCAUCCAUGUCUCCAGCCUUCAGUCCUUCAACCUUAGGGCCAUUUGGCCUCAACAGCCUUACCUGGACUUCUCUCUUCAGAAAUCCUAUUUUAAAUCCACAGUUUGGAAGGUUUCUCAAUGCUUUAAAUCCUCUCAUGACAACAGCUUCAGUGCUAAUGAAAGCUCCUGGACCCCCGUCAGACCCUGCUCUUACUGCCUUCACUGAUCCAGCAGCAGUUGAAAGGAAAACGUCAAGCAUUGCAGCACUAAGACUCAAAGCGAAAGAACAUUCAGCACAAAUCCCUCAAUUAAACCUCAUCUCCAGUCUUACAAACACUAACAAAGAACUUUGUUAGGAGCUCUCCCACAGACUACAGCCAUGGAGGGGGAAGUGAAUGCCCUCUCCAAUAAAUAGCUCCAGUUUGAGAGACACAUUUAAAAAUAGAAAGAAAACACACAUACACACACACAGAGAGCUGUAGUUUCUCAUUCUUCAGUAAUGAACUGAAAGGAAAUAACCCCGCUAAAAACUGGUUUCCUUCAUUUAAACGUGAAAUCAGGUAAUAAGUUGCCUUGUAUCAUUUCUGACGCUGCAGAAACAGGAGCAGGAACUGUUUCAUCUUUGCAAUUCAGGCUGACAUGGAACUAAAGCUUUGAAAUCCCCAGACUCACCAGAUGCUAGUCCAAAGGUUCAAAAUUCUUUGCAGGAAUAACUUCAGUUUUCUCAACAAUUCUUAACUAACUUCUCAGGAGGAACUCUUCCACGCAGUACCUGAGAUGUAAGGAUCAGUACACAGUUAGUAACUUUGAGACCAUGCUUCAUGUUGAAGUGCAAAUCCCAGUGGAAUCGCAUUUUAGACAAACUUAGCAGGGAUGAGGCGGGGACUAUUUUCACUAUAGGGUAUUGAUUCAGAACUAGGUUUGUAUAAAAAUACUUUGUUUCGAACUGAAAAAUAAAUGUUCGCUUUAUGUUCAGGGUGGCAACGUUUUAAUAAUUAAAAAAAUAAUCAAUCUUUGUAUAUGAAAGCUGUAUCCUGUGUAAGUUGGUUAUCCACGUACAGUAAAUUGUGUGUGGUUUUCUAUGUGUGUAUAUACGUGUCAAUAAUUAGCUCAUAGCUUUAAAUAUGAGGUUGCUGAAUACUUUUAGCAUGAUUACUGGCACAUCUGACCAGACCAAUAGGUUAACAGAUUCAUUGCACAUUUCCAGAUGUUUCAUGCCUUGAGACAAUUCAGAAUUUAAGUGAAAAUUAAAUGUGAAGCAUUAAAUUCUUACUUGGACUAAUGUUGGAAAGAGUGAAAACAGGCUUUACUGAGGAGGAGCCUACAGUUCAUCAAAAUCCUGGACUCCCUUUCUGGCCUCAGACAGGUCAUUUUAAAGUUUUUGCUGAACUCCCUCCUCUGGGGA